CUCGUUUAAAGAACUAGGUCAUAACAUGGAUUCAUGUGUGGCAUCAACCGGCGACACUUCCACUUCAAGAAAUGUGAUAUCAGUUAUACGAACACAAAUGAUAAAACGUAAUGGAACAUGUUAUUUUAAAUGUUUUUGAUACUGAUUUACUGAAAGCAUUACAGUUUAAGCUAUUGUCUAGGGGGUUCGCAUUUAGCAGAAAUGGACUACCAAACUCAGAAACUUUAGAAAAAAGAAUGCAUUGAAGUUAUAUUGCACUAAAAUGGCAGAAGGGAGACAAAAGAGUGAAACCAAGACGGACGACGGGCGUGAUAGUAACAGGGAGGAGGAGACGUCAAAGGACACAAGCCCCAAGACCCCAGUCAAAGAGAGAGGCCACAUGUUGUAUUCCUUCCUUACUGGACAGUACAUGCCCAUUCCUGAGAAAGAUUGGCUUGGAAGAUGCAGAAAGGUUACAGAGUUUGAGAAGUUGAACAGAGUGGGAGAGGGAACCUAUGGAAUUGUCUAUAGAGCUCGUGAUAUGAAAACAAAUGAAAUUGUAGCCCUGAAAAUGAUGAGGAUGGAAAGAGAAAAAGAUGGUAUUCCAAUUAGUGGACUCAGAGAGAUCAAUAUUCUACUAAAUUUACAUCAUGAAAACAUUGUUACAUCAACAGAAGUUGUGGUGGGGAAAAGCUUGGACAGCAUAUUCCUUGUGAUGAGUUACUGUGAGCAGGACCUGGCCAGUCUGCUGGAUAAUAUGCCCAACCCUUUCACUGAGGCACAGGUAAAAUGCAUUAUGAUACAAGUGUUAAAAGGGCUGAAAUUUUUACACGAACACUACAUUGUCCACAGAGACUUAAAAGUGUCCAAUCUUUUGAUGACAGACAAGGGUUGCGUAAAAAUAGCCGACUUUGGUCUUGCAAGGAAAUAUGGAGUCCCAUUAAAACCAAUGACGCCCAGAGUUGUCACUCUUUGGUAUAGAGCACCUGAACUUUUACUUGGUGCCAAGUCACAAACUACUGCUAUCGAUAUGUGGGCAGCAGGGUGUAUACUUGGGGAGCUGUUGGCCCAUAAACCACUGCUACCAGGCAGGACUGAAAUACAUCAGAUAGAGCUCAUCGUGGAAAUGUUUGGGACUCCCACAGAAAAUAUAUGGCCUGGUUUCAGCAAGUUGCCAGCUUUGGAGCAUUUCUCGUUGAAAAAACAGCCGUAUAACAAUUUAAGGCACACAUUUACAUGGUUAUCAGAGGGAGGAAUUAGGUUGCUGAACUUUCUUUUUAUGUUUGAUCCAAAGAAAAGGGCAACUGCAGCAGACUGUCUUGACAGUUCAUAUUUUAAAGAGCAGCCUUAUCCCUGCCAGGCAGAGAUGAUGCCUUCAUUUCCACAGCAUAGGAACAAGAGAAAGUCCACUGGUGAACCAGAACAAGAGAGGUCAAGGAAUAAAUCUUCAGGAUCAGCUUUAGAUUUUGGAGGAACAUACAAUGCUCAGAAAAAGAAAAGAUCUUUGUGACUGCUUGGGUAGCAGUUUUGGAAGCACCCGUUGAAGAUUCAUUACGACGUAAGACAUUUCCACACAUUGCAAGAUUUGAGGACUUCUGAUCAUUGAAGCAGUGGGUUUGGAUUACCCUUGAAAUUAUUUUCAUGAAGGCAAAUGCACUUGUAAAUAUUUUAUACAUAAUGUUAAAAUGAAAUAAAAAAAAUAUAUAAAAAGCAUCUAUUCCUUGCUUGUAAGAUUCAUUAACAUAUAAGGGUUGUUAGAGUAUACGCACAGGUUAUUGGCAAAGAAAGCUGUAAGAACUGAGACAAAGAAAUAUGGACAUUUUACGGUACUUAGUGCAUGAUCAAAGACUUCUGUUGUGGGUCUUCGUGUUUUAUUUUCUCCACUUUGGAAGGAAUGGGGACUUAUUCGGUUUUUUAUUUUUUUAUUUUUAAUAAAAGGGUGCCUCACCAGUUCA